GCCGUGAAGGCGUCCUACGGCAAAGGCUUCACCUUGUCCGUUUCUGCGCUGUUCGUCACCACAAAAACUGUCGGCGCCCGCGUGGAGCUGAGCGAACAGCAGCUGCUGCUCUGGCCGGGGGACGCCGACAAGAUCCUGCCCACCGACACCCUCCCGAGGGGCAGCCGGGCCCACAUCACCCUCGGCUGCGCCAACGGCGUCGAGGCGGUCCAGACCGGGCUCGACCUGCUGGAGUUUGUGAAACUGGAAAAGGCGGGGAACAAGGGGGAUGAAGUGGGGGAGAUUGGCGGAGGGAAGCUGCUGUAUUUUGAUAACGGUAUGUGGAUGCUCGUCCUUUCUAAGAGGAUGGAUGUGAGGGCGAUGUUCUCGGGUUACUAUGGCAAAGGGAAGCUCGUGCCCACGCAGAGCACCAACAAACGGGGCUCAGCCUUCAGCUCCUGCACCGUCGUCUAG